AUGAAUCUAACCGAUAUCUUCUACGAUUUUUCUGGAGACGAUAAUCAAGCGUAUCUCAUCUCACUAGUCAAUCUUGUGAGCAGAAUUGUCUCACAAUUCGGUCUUGGUUUCAUCUGGAUUUUUGGAAACAUUAGUUCAAUUCUUAUGUGCAUGGUUUUCAUUCAGCCAACUUAUCGCAAUAGUCCAUGUGCAAUGUUUUUUCUUGCUGCAAGUAUUUCACAAUUUUUUGCUUAUAACUUCGCAUUAUUCACUCGAAUGCUCCCUCUUGGAUAUCAUGUCGCCAUUUUCAAUUACAAUCUUUGGUACUGUAAACUUCGCUUUUAUCUCUUUUAUGUUUUUGUGGCUCUCCCUCGCUAUUAUAUCAUUCUGGCAUCCAUUGAUCGAUAUUUCGCCAGUUCACGCGAAGCACUUCGACGCCGAUGGAGUUCACCAAAGAUCGCCUAUCGACUUAUCAUCGGCAAUGCUCUAUUCUGGUGUAUCAUGUACGCCCAAGUCAUUGUUUUCUAUGAAAUCGCGAGUGGCACAUGUACAUUUCGGUCAGGAAGCUACGGAGUGUUUUUUAGUAUUUAUAUAGCAAUCGACAGCGGUAUUCUUCCUUUACUCUUGAUGAUCGUCUUCGGCUUGUUAACUGUGCGGAAUAUUCAUCAGAGGAAGAUGCGGAUUGGUGCACGCGAAAGACAAGUAACAAGAAUGGGAAAGAAAGAUCUGCAACUGCACCGAAUGUUAGCAAAUCAAAUAGCUCUGUUUCUCAUUCUCAAUCUACCGAAUCCAAUUUAUCUUCUCUUCAUUUCAUUUACAAUCAAUAUACCGAAAUCAACAUUUCAACAUGCAGCGGAAAUACUUGUUGGUAAUAUGACGUAUGCCCUAAUUUACUUCGGAUUUUUAUUAACGUUUACAAACUUUAUGAUCUCCUCGGACAUAUUUCGACAAGAGUUUUUCCAUGUGUUCCGAGUGAAAAUACUUCGCCGCUCUGCCGUGGGAAGAUUAGCUGGUGGUGAGUUAACAGCACGACCACUUCGUCCAAUCAAUACCAAUGCAUAA